AUUUGUGACGUUGUUUAACUUCGCUGCAUUUCUUCGGGGCACACUACAAAGUGAAAAUGGCGACUCGCAGAGUUGUGGCUGAAGUUCCUGCAUGGAAGCGAGCUUUACAGCGCUGGGCCUACUACAAAUCAUACUUUCCUACCUUAGGCUUGAUGAGAGAUGACUGUCUGUAUGAAACCCCUGCUGUUCAAGAGGCAAUUCGCCGUCUGCCAGCUGAUGUGUAUGAUGCUCGCCAGUUUCGUAUCUCGCGGGCUUUGUACCUUUCUGGUCGAAAGGAAAUCUUACCAAAGGAUGAAUGGACCAAGAUGGAAGAGGAUGUUCGAUAUUUGACGCCUUACAUCAAAGAAGUGGAGAAAGAAAUCGAAGAGCGAGCAGAGUGGAACAAAAAAUAACUCUUAUUUUCCACAAUGAGUUGCUUAAAAUAUUAGAAGUCUGACAAGCAUGAAAACUUAAGGAAUGGAAAUUCUUUAGUUUAAAAGAAUUUUUUUUGUGAAAGUGUUAAAUUGUGUAAAUAAAUCCAUUCUAAAUCCUG